AUGUCCCAGCCGUUCGCCAUCAUCGUGGGUGCAGGCCCCUGCGGUCUCUUAUUAGCCCUUCUCCUCGCCAAAGCUGGGCUGGAGGUACAGCUCGUCGAUGCCGGCAACGAACUCGACAACCAACCUAGGGCAACUCACUACGGCCCAGAGGCCGUAGAACAGCUCGACAGAGCAGGAGUUCUUUCGGACAUUCUUGCGCAGGGUUUCAUCCCUCACGGUGUUACUUGGAGAAAACCUGACGGGGAGGUCAUCGCCGAGCUUCCAACAACCACCUUGACAACUUCUUUGAAGCAUCCAUUGAUCUGCUUACCGCUGAACAAACUAGGCAAGAUCUUGCAUGAUCAUCUACUGAAGCAGCCCCAAGCCAGUAUUCUUUGGGGUCACCGGGUGACGCAUGUGAGCCAGAACGAGGAGCAAGCCAUCGUGGAGGUAGACGCUCAGGGCACGAUGAGAACGCUGGCAGCUGCUUAUGUCAUUGGCUGCGAUGGCGCCAAUAGCCAAGUCCGUAAAUCGCUCUUUGGCGAAAUGGAGUUUCCGGGAUGGACUUGGGAUGAGCAGAUUAUCGCAACGAACACUUACUAUCCAUUCGACAAGUACGGGUUCGCCGAUAGCAACUUUAUCAUUAGCCGAGAGCACUGGUACAUGGCAGCGAGGAUUUCCAUCGACGGCCUGUGGCGAUUUACGUACGGGGAAGUACCAGGACUCACCAAGACCGAAUAUCUGGAACGACAAGCCUGGAAGUUCGAGGUGAUGCUUCCAGGAAAUCCGAAGGCCAACGAGUGGAGAUGUGUCAACUUCAGUCCUUACAAAAUACACCAGCGCCUGGCACCAUCGCUGCGACAAGACAAGAUCCUCCUCGCGGGUGAUGCAGCGCACCUAUGCAAUCCAUUUGGUGGCUUGGGGUUGACGGGAGGGAUUCUCGAUGUUGGGGGUUUGUAUGACUGCUUGAGCGGAAUCGUUACGGGUAAAGCAGGGGAGUCCAUCCUGGACCGGUACAGCGAUGUUCGAAGGAAGCUAUAUCGCGAAUUCACCGAUCCGAUUUCAACAGAAAACAUGCGGAGGCUCUGCAAAAGGGACCCCGAUAAGAUUUUAGAGGAGGACGCGUUUUUGCAGAUGAUCAACGAAAGCAAGCAUAACCCUGAGGUGGCCGCGCAGUUAUCAAGGGCCUCAACAGGCUUGAGCCAUGAUUUCACGCAAUACUACAACUAG